AUGUCAGACAAGCAAAACCUAAGCUACCAAGCCGGCCAAGCCACUGGCCAGACUAAGGAGAAGGCAAGUGGUUUGAUGGACAAGGCCAAAGAUGCUGCUGCUUCAGCUCAAGACUCCAUGCAACAUGCUGGACAACAGAUGAAACAGAAGGCACAAGGGGCUGCUGAAGCGGUGAAGGACAAAACUGGAAUGAACAAGAACACUUAA